UCUUCUCCUCGGGAGACGCGUGUGGAGCCGGUGGCGCUGGCGGGCGACGGGGGCUCGCUCGGCGUGGGCGAUGGGCAGGGGUCCUGGGGUGGCGGCCGCGCUGUUCUACGGGGCGGUGGCGGCGCUGGUGCUGCUGGGGGUGCGGGACGUGCUGUUCCUGUACGAGGAGAACCAGUGCAGCAUGACCUACAUGUACGAGUACCCCGAGUACCUGAAAAUAAAACUACCUAAGAAAAUAUCCAGACGUUUUCCAGCCUAUGAGCUCUAUCUCUAUGGGGAAGGGAAUUAUGCUGAAGAAAACAAAAAUCUGAUAUUGACAGGGAUUCCAGUUCUCUUCCUUCCUGGGAAUGCUGGGAGUUACAAACAAGUACGUUCUCUUGGCUCUAUAGCGCUUAGAAAAGCAGAAGACAUUGACUUCAAGUACCAUUUCAAUUUCUUCACUGUCAAUUUUAAUGAGGAGCUGGUUGCACUAUAUGGUGGUAGUCUGCAAAGACAAACCAGAUUUGUGCACGAGUGCAUUAAAGUAAUUCUUAAGCUGUACAAGGAUCAAGAAUUUGCUCCAAGCAGUGUUGCAAUAGUAGGUCAUUCCAUGGGUGGUCUUGUUGCAAGAGCAUUGCCCACUCUAAAGAAUUUUAAGCCUGAAUUUAUGAACCUCCUCAUUACACACGCCACACCUCAUGUUGCACCUGUAAUGCCUUUAGACAAAUAUCUUACUGAUUUUUAUACAGCUGUAAACAAUCAUUGGAUUUUAAAGGCCCAAGAUGUAAGAAAUCUAACUACUCUUUCUGUGGCGGGAGGAUUCAGAGAUUACCAAGUUCGUUCAGGACUCGCUUUUCUGCCCAGAUUAAGCCAACAUAGCCGUGCCUUAUUUGUUGUGAGCUCAGCAGUGCCUAGAACUUGGGCCUCAACAGACCACCUCUCCAUAGUAUGGUGUAAAGAAUUGAUCUUGGCUACCAUUAGGGCAUUUUUUGAUCUUAUUGAUGAAACCACCAAACAGAUAACUGAGGAUCCAAAGAAGAGAAUGUUAGUAUUGAAUCAUCACUUUGUGAGGCACCCAGCAAAGUUCUUUGAGGAAGAUCCUGAAACACUUACUGAACUUAAAGGAACUUUGAUUUGGAUGAAAAUCAAAUCCUCAAAAUGGACCUAUACAGUUUACAAUGAAUCGGAUGGAAAAUAUUUCGUGUUUCCUCUUUCAAACCACAGAAAAACCUACAGUCAUGUCCACUGUCAAAACAGUAUGUUGGAUACAAGUAGCUGGAUUUAUGGCUGUUUAAACAGUAGUUCAUCUAUGUGCCUGGAAGUUUUUGAUUUAUCCUGGAAAGCUGAGUUACUGCCAACUGUUAAGAUUGUAACUCUGAAACUCCAGGAAUAUCCUUCUUUGUCCGAUCUUGUAGUUUAUGUACCAGCUAUUAAUGGCAAUAAGUUUACUGUGGACUGUGAAUUCUUUAAAGAGGAUUCCCGAAUGGUACAACUUCCUGUAACACAGCUUUUUUCUUUUGGGCUUUCUUCAAGCAAAAUUGUAUUAAAUUCAACUGGUCUAAUUUACAAUGUACAGCUCCAGCACUUUGGCCAGAUAUACCAAGCUUUUAAAAUCUACAUUGAGAGCCACUGCCAACCACACAAAGCAAGAAAAACGAGUGUUUACAGACUCCACGUACCAUGGUCACAUGAAGACUCAAUAACUGUCUCUAAAGUUCCAUCUUUUACUGAGAUUUCUGCAAAACUGCACAUUGCACAACCUGAAAAUGACAGCACUGUUGCAGUAUUAAAUAUUUAUUCAUCUUCAGAUUGUCAAUAUGAAGUAACCAUCAAGACCUCAUUCUCACAAGUUCUUGGGCAAGUAAUAAGGUUUCAUGGUGUUUCCCUUCCUGUAUAUGUUAUUUCUAAUAUGCUUCUUGCAUAUGGAGGACAAUUAAGCACCUUAAUUUCAACAGGCCACUGUUCGGAUUUUGUUUCUGCACUGACUAGAGCAGCCAAACCCUACAAAGUGGACCCUUUUGUGAAUGUUGUUAAAUUUCUGUUGGGGUUUAACUGGUUUAAAGAUAUAUGGAAUGUAUUGUUUUUGCCAGAGUUGGAUGCUGUUUUACUGAAUAAGCAGGAUAUGUGGUUCCCCCUUGUGUCCCUGAUUCUAUUUCUUUUUGGGACAGGAAUUGCCUACUGGGGUGGCAUACUCUUCUCUUCAUCUCUAAGGCUCUUGUCUUCAUUGUGGUUAUCUUUGACAAGACCCUCUGGACUUCCUAAAGACAGCAAGUUGAUGACACCAAGGAGAGCAUUUGUGGCCAUUCUUCUGGUUUUUGUUAGCUGUACCACUUGUGGGGCAUUUGCUAUAUUAAUUAUCUAUCUACACUACAUGUUCAAGGUUAUUAAACUACAUUCGAAUGUAAGAAUAGAGCAAAAUGUUCUUAAUAUGGAUCCAAAGCACUCAAAAGAAACUUCAGAUAAUUCCAGUAAAGAGACAGUAAAGAACUGUGAUUCAGCAGAGACCAUUACAAAAGCAGCAGCAGCAGCAGCAUCACCCACCACCAAUACAGCUAUUGACAAUGUUGUAAACAGUCUUAAGAUACAUAUUACAAUCAUCAAUUUACUCACAUGGAUUGUGCUACUCAGUUUACCAUCUUUAAUUUAUUGGUUUAAAAAUCUCAGGUACAAUAUUAGACUUGAUCCUGAUCCAUGUAGAACUAUGGCUAUUAUUCUUGUAUCCACUUUGGGAAUUCUCAUGAAUUCAAGUACUACUAAAGUAAAAUCAAGUAAACUGUCGAAAAUUGCCGCACAACUUCCUCUCCCUUUGUCUGUAGCUGUGGUGGCCUUUGGACCAAUGCAUUUAUACAGAGUACCAUACUUCGUAAUCUGUUCUCUUCUUCUACAUGUGUUAUGUUGUAUUCUGUAAAUCUUUCGUUUCCCAGAUGAAAUCUGAAAAGCAGUGUGGCCCAGAAAUGGAUGCUGGAAAAAAAUGUCAAGUUGAACAAAGAAAUGUCCAGAUCAGUGUAACUGCUAAUUAACAUCAUUUGGAGAAGAUGACAGAAUUGUGAACACUUCUUGUGAAGUUUGGGGUGUUUGGGAAAUCUCAGAAACCUGCUCAUGGUGUUAGUCUACUAAUUUGAAAAAUUGAUGGAAGAAUUGCAAUAUUUCUCUGGACACAAAAAUCUCUCUUAUUAGCAUAACACUUCAGUGUUCUAGAUUUCAGUAGGCAGACCAUUCUGUAUCCACACUGCAGACAUUUUGAUAUUUCUGUUGACACUUGGUUUUCUGUUGAAACAUGGUUACCUUCCUGUGUGUAGUAUUGAACCUACAUCUUGUUCUUGAGUUUUAAAAUCUGAUGGUUAAAAUUCACAAAUGAUUGAAAGUGCACUGUCUCACAAAAACUAAAUAGCCAAGAAUACUUUUAAUCAUUUUAUGCCACACUAGCAAGCUGUCACAAUUUUCUUUUUUUCUUGUAUCUAUACAAACUAGAAUGUAUUGUAUCUACUGAUCUGUUCAUUUCUAACAAGUCAAACAUUUUUAUCAGUGCCUGUGGCACAUUUGUGUGAUUAUUGAAAGUGUUGGUGGCUUAUAAACUUUAUCUUUUGUAAGAGUGAUUGAUAUAUAUA